GGUCAGCAUGUUUGUCAACGUCUACCUGAUGAUGCAACUGGACAGAGGCACGUGGAUACGCUUCGCUGUCUGGAUGGCUAUAGGGUUUGUGAUCUACUUUGGCUACGGGAUCCACCACAGUGCUGAGGCGGCUCUGGACCGCUCCUCUCCUGGGUCUGAUGUAGAGCUGAACGGCUACAUAGCCAGCCACUCAAACAACAUGGAGCCCAUGUCUCCUGAGAAAGAGGCGUUUCUACAUAAUGGUCUGGAGGCCCGGGGAGAGGAGGACCGAGACCUGUAGAGUGCUGGGACCCAGCUGACAACUGCCACAGCCUGCCCUGACCACCCUACAUACCACACCUUAUCACGCCCCUUUG